GGGGCCCACUGACCCCGGUGGCCUGCGUCCUGUAUAAAAGCAAGGGUUAAACCAAAGAGGACAGCAGUGCAGCAGUAGCCGAAGCAACAGCAGCAGCUCACCUACAAGUAUGACCACCACUGACAUGAGCAUGGGCAAGAUCAUCUUCUACGAGGAGAGGAACUUCCAGGGUCGCUCCUAUGAGUGCAUGAGCGACUGCUCCGACAUGUCCUCCUACCUGAACAGGUGCCAGUCCUGCAGGGUGGAGAGCGGCUGCUUCAUGGUCUACGACCGCACCAACUUCAUGGGAAACCAGUACUACAUGAGGAGGGGCGAGUACGCCGACUACAUGAGCAUGAUGGGAAUGAGCGGUGGCAUCAAGUCUUGCCGUAUGAUUCCCAUGCACCGUGGCCAGUUCAGGAUGAAGAUCUACGAAAGGGAGAACUUCGGCGGUCAGAGCAACGAGCUGAUGGACGACUGUGAGAACAUCAUGGAGCGUUACCGCAUGUCCGACUGCAUGUCCUCCCAGGUGAUGGACGGCCACUGGCUGAUGUACGAGCAGCCCAACUACAGAGGCAAGAUGAUGUACCUGAGGCCCGGAGAGUACAGGAGCUUCAGGGACAUGGGCAUGAGCGGCACCAGGUUCAUGAGCAUGAGGCGCAUCACCGACAUGUGCUAGACAUUUCCAUCUUGAAAUAAAAAACCUGAACGAUCAA